AUGGCCCUUUGGCCCUUCCGCCGGAGAAGCGGUCGCAAACGCUCGCGAAGCGGCGCAAACCUGUCGGACGUUGAGGCACCACCUCAAGCAUCACAGGCACGAGGUUUCACCACGGGUGAGACCACUGCGCCGAGGGCGGCCAUGCCGAAGAAGCAGCGUCUCGAGAAGCAACAGCCGCCGCCAAGAAGAGAACGCACCUACAGCUUCUCCCCCGGUCGCAAUGACUCCAUCCGUGUCGCGGGGCAAAAAGGCUCGGUUCCACUAGAACCUGGCCGGUCGACAGGGCUCUUCCCAGCCGACCGAAAUGACGGAGAAGAAAAAGGGGAUCCCGCAUGGCAGCGGGUGCCAACCCUACAUAAUGCACGCCACGGCCAACCGUCGAGGUCUUCUCGACGCAAGACCAGCAAGAGGAGGAGAGAAGAGACGGAUCGUGAGGCGGAAAUCAAGGCCAUGACAAACUUUGCGCCGGUACGGCCGGCGGCCGACCCUUGGACGUCAGGGCGGCCCAUUGGGAAACAGAGCAAAAGACUCAAGACCGGCCUCGGCUUCCGUAGGAGCCUCGAAAACCCGCAAUCCGACGUAUCGCUACCGAUGUCGAUCCACUCCAGCAUGUCGUCCGAUACGGAAUUGCAUUCGUUCCGAGUAUCUGCCCUCGAGGCAUUAGCACCACGGCCAACGUUACGAUAUGCAGUAUACCCACGAUGGGGUCCUGGACAUGGUUCGGCGCCAUCGCGCACACAACAACAGAAGAGGAAAGUUUCAGAGAGGGUGCCCGAGUCAGUGGUGAGGGCACAUAAGAGGGUUGACAGCUUUGCGGACGAUUUGGACGCCGCUGAUCUGAGGGAGUUGAUGGAGCGAGACAACAGGAGGAGGGAGAGGAAACGCCAACGAGACCAGGAACGGAUAGAGAGGAGACUUGCACGGAGGUCAGAAAAGCAGCGUGAGGCCGUGGCAGAGGCCAGUCACAGCGGGUCACCACCGCCAGUCAACUUGGAACGGGGUGUCCUCGGCCGUGAAGUUGGAUUAGGGAUUGACGCAGCGUCUGCAAUUGUCACUUCUUCUAGGAGACGGUCAUGGAGCUCUUCACGGCAUUCAAGGAAAAUUUCAACAGUCAAAGACGCGCAGCCAGAGGCGGAGCCGGAGCUGCAACCCCAGCCCCAGCCCGAGACCGAGACGAUGGAGACCGAGACGAUGGACAUCGAGCCGGAACCGGCGGCCGUACACCACUUUCACCGGACGACAAGCAUCCCGCCAGAGGCACCGCCUUCGCCGACGCUGCCCGCGCAGCCCGUCCCGGAGCGCAAGACGAGCACGAAGCUUACGCCCAAGGGUAGCAUGCGAUUAAAGCGGAGUUUCUUGCGGAGGAUUUCAAGAUCAAGGUCGCCUAACGCCACAGAAUCUGACCAACACGCAAUUUCGCAAUAUUCAUCGAGACAGGACGAGGGCGAGACCCCCCGCAAAGUCAGUCGCGCUCGCAUCUCUUUCUCGGCGCUUUUCCGCCUGGGCAAGAGAAAUAGGAGAAAUUCGGGGCCAUCUUCCUUCUCGAAUACAUCGCGUGAGACAAUGCAGGCAUCAGCUGCCGCCGCCGCCGCCCAAGCCUAUUCGCAGUCACAGACGUAUGUGCCCCAGCCACAAGAAGAGGCAGCGGCGCCGGUACAAGUGCCGAUGCCGCCGAUGCCACCGAUUCCCCCGCCUGUCAACUACAUUCCUCGCAAGGUCAGCAAUGGCGUUCCCAAGCGGACCAGGUCACGCUUCAGGGAGGAUUUGCCCGAGCUGCCCCUCAGCCCGCCCGACUCGCGCGUUGGGUCUCCGGAAGUGGAAAUGCCUCUGCCCGUUGUCUCGGAGUCGAGGUCGGGGGAGAACACGCUCCAGAACACGCCUGCCGUGAGAUACGAUACACCGACAUCAGACCUGCGACGCGCCGACGAGAAGAUGGAGAAGCUGGAGAAGCUGGAGAAGAUGCGGCAAACACCGACGUCGCUGCGACACAGCAUCCAGCCCUCUCCCGAACCCGUUUCCCUUGCGUCUAUCGACUCGGAAGGAUCAUGGCUGUCCGGCCGCGUCGGAGCCCGCCGCUCGUCGGGCAUGCGCGGUAGCAUGCAGCGCCUCCCGCCGCAGAACACUAGCCAUCCCAUCUCACCCAACGACACCGAGGAAGAUCUCGCCGACGAUGAGUACCUGUCCAGUCUCGCCACGCCGUCCCGCGAAAUGCUCGCCGAGGAGCGCACCCCGCGCAAGUCGACGGGCGACGCAUUCCCCAGCAGCGACGAGGACGAGAUGAUGAAAGAUGCGGACAUGAAGUGGGGUUCAGUCGACAGGCAGCACGCCACCGUCGUGCAGCACCAGAGAGUCAAGAGCCGCGAGGGCAUGCUGAACUCGUACCAAGAGGACAGCACGUCGCCCGAGGGCUCUGAGGGCGAGACGCCCAAGCUCCAACGCGCCACGAGCGUGAGCCUCAGCAGGGGCAACGCCAGGCAUGUGAGCUCGGGGAGCACCAAGAUGCUCGAGGUCUCGCCUCGCGCGAGCGCUGAUCACAGGAGGAGCACUGACGCAGUAUUUUGA